UUUACAAAGUAGCAACACCGGAAGUUUGUUUUGACAGUGAAAAGUGUAAUGUGUUGCUAUGUGUUGUAGCUAGCUGCUGUUUAUUACCAACACAUCCAUACAUUAGAAAUACCUAUUCAUUCUUAAGCGCUCACAUUGAUGAUUAAACCGACACGACAAUGUUCGCGGGGCUACCUGAGCUCGGAAUAUCUAACGGAGAAGAUCUUAAAGAAACUCUCACCAACUGCACUGAGCCUCUGAAAGCCAUUGACCAGUUUCAGAUGGAAAAUGGCAUCCUGCUGCCUACGCUUCAGUCGGCGCUUCCAUUCCUAGACCUCCACGGAACACCCCGUCUUGAGUUCCAUCAGUCUGUCUUUGACGAGCUUCGAGAUAAGCUGAUGGAGCGAGUUGCCCUCAUUGCAGAGGGCAAAGAGGAGGACAGAUAUGGGAAGCUUGAAGAGCUGCUGGAGAAGAGUUUUCCUCUUGUCAAAAUGCCAUCCAUCCAGCCAGUGGUAAUGCAGGUGUUGAAGCAUCUUCCUAAGGUGCCAGAGAAGAAACUGAAAAUGGUCAUGGCUGACAAGGAGCUGUACAAAGUGUGUGCUGUAGAGGUGAAAAGGCAGAUCUGGCAGGACAACCAAGCUCUCUUUGGAGAUGAAGUCUCCCCCCUCCUAAAGCAGUACAUUGUGGAAAAGGAAGCAGCUCUGUUCAGCAGUGACCUCUCAAUCCUUCACAAUUUCUUCAGCCCUUCACCCAAAACACGGCGCCAAGGCGAGGUGGUCCUCAAGCUGACCCAGAUGAUCGGAAAGAAUGUGAAAUUGUAUGACAUGGUGCUGCAGUUUUUGCGAACAUUAUUCCUGCGAACACGCAACGUCCAUUACUGCACACUGAGAGCAGAGCUGCUGAUGUCUCUGCAUGAACUGGACAUCAGUGAGAUCUGUUCUGUGGACCCCUGCCAUAAGUUCACUUGGUGUUUGGAUGCCUGCAUCCGUGAGAAGUUUGUGGAUGGCAAACGAGCUAGAGAGCUGCAAGGUUUCCUGGACGGAGUGAAGAAGGGACAAGAGCAAGUCCUCGGUGACCUGUCCAUGAUCCUAUGUGACCCAUUUGCCUGUAACACCCUGGUUCUGAGUAUCAUGAGGAACCUGCAGGAGCUGCUGAGCCAGGAAGGUUUACCCAGGGAAAGUUCGGACCUGAUGUUGCUGUUGAGGAUGCUGUCACUGGGUCAGGGAGCAUGGGACAUGAUUGACAGCCAGGUCUUUAAGGAGCCUCGUUUGGAUUCAGAGGUGGUCACUCGCUUUCUGCCUGCCAUGAUGUCAGUGGUUGUUGAUGAUCACAUAUUUGCCAUCGACCAGAAGCUUCCCAGUGAGGAGAAGACCGCAUUGUCAUACCCUGCUACCCUGCCAGACAACUUCAACAGGUACCUUCAGGAGAACAGAGUAGCCUGUGAGAUGGGUCUGUAUUAUGUUCUCCACAUUGCCAAACUGAGGAACAAGAAUGCCUUACAGAGGUUACUGCCUGCCCUGGUGGAUACCUACAAUGACAUGGCCUUCAGUGACAUCUUCCUCCACUUGCUAACAGCACACCUCACCCUGCUCUCUGAUGAGUUUGGUUCAGAGGAGUUCUGUUCAGUCAUCUUCGAUGGCUUCCUCCUCACUUCUUUCUCCAGUAAAGAGAACGUCCACAGACAUACUCUUCGAAUGUUGCUGCACCUGCACCCCAAAGUUCUGCCAUCGUUCAUGGAAAUCUUGAUGAAAACCCUAAAAACUCCCAAACAGUGCAGUGAGCCGCUGAAGGAGCUCUACACUCAGCUGACGGAUAAGCUGGAGGCCCAGAAGAAGAGCCCUCCACCACCAGAAGAAGCACCAUCCCUGGACCUAGGACUCCACCCAGUGACUGUCCCCACCACCGCCGCCGCCGCCACACCUACCACUCCUCUCUGAGAUUGAGAUGCAGCACAGAUCUUUACCAGACAGCUGGACAUGAAAAGACUGUACGUUUCACAUUAUUCUUCAUUGUUUUUUUAAUUUGUCAUUAAUUAGUUUCUUAAGAUGUUUGUGGAUGUGAGGGGUCAUUACAUUUGUAAACUUAGUGCUGUUACCUCGUGGUUCAAAUAUACAGUAUUUUCAUAUGUACCUGGUCUAUCAGUAUGUUCCAUUUUAACUGUCAAUAAUGCCAGAAAAUGUGUAAAUAAAUGAUUAUUAGAAAUUCAAA